AUGAAGGUGAAGGUCAUCUCCAUCUUGGAGGACAACUACAUGUACCUGGUGAUUGAGGAAGAUACCAAGAGGGCAAUCGCAGUGGACCCUGCGGUGCCACACCGGGUGAGCCUGAGAAAACGAAGAAGGGCUGGAGAUCUGGAGGUCGCUGCUGGAGAUCCUGAGAAGGGAAGGUCUGUCCCUCACCGCUGUCCUCACCACACACCAUCACUGUUUGGCUCCAUCAACGUGAGGUGCCUGUUCACCCCCUGCCACACAUCCGGACACAUGUGCUACUUCGUGUGGGAGGAUGACUGCGCAGAUGCCCCAGCGGUUUUUACAGGGGACACGCUGUUCGUAGCCGGCUGCGGCAAGUUCUUCGAGGGCACGGCCGAACAGAUGCACAGGAAUCUCACCGAAGUUCUGGGCUCCCUGCCGAAGGACACGAAGGUCUUCUGCGGGCAUGAGUACACCAUCAAGAACCUGAAGUUUGCUCUGAAGGUAGAGCCAGGGAAUGAAAAGGUGAAGCAGAUGCUGUCCUGGGCCAGGGUGAGGCCCGAGAUGACGACGACAAGCCCACAGUGCCGUCCACCUUAUCGGAGGAGUUUGAGUACAACCCCUUCCUGCGACUGUCGGAGGAGAGCGUGCAGACGUUCACGGGGAAGAGGGACCCCAUCGAGGUGCUGCGGGUCUUGCGCAAAGAGAAGGACAACUUCAAGAAGCCGAAGGAGCGCGCCGCCGCCCCCCACGCCCUCCUGGCCCUGGAGUGGGGGCUGCUCCGGCCCUGAGAGCAGGGGAGCCCGUUCCCCUCCCAUUCCCGAUUCCCGGUCCCCUUUCUCCACAAAGGUGGGGUUGGGCUGCACCACUUUGGACUUUUCCCGGACUGCAAGGUGGGGAGGUUGGGGGUCAGCCUGCCUCUGGCUGGGGGAGGGGGAAUCCUGGGACAGUGCAGCACGCAGGUGAUGAUGAACACAGAGGGGCGCAGACACCCCUUGGUUCGAGGGGCCAGUUUAAGGAAGGUUUCCGAGAAGAGGGGGAGGAGAAAAGUCCCUUCCUUUUUACACAGGUGUCUUCAAGUGAGAUAAGGCCUGUUCAUUUCUCUUUUGGAUCAUUGAUUUAACCUCGAGCCUGCAGUCUCUGACCUCUGACCUCUGACCUCUGACCUCUGACCAGGAACGUCUCAGAUCAUACUUGGCUCAUUGAAGAUGACCGUACAUGACACCAAAUACCACUACCAUAACCUCCUGUGCAUGUGGUGAUAAAUAUUCUGAAUUAUUAAGCAUCACUCGCUGGGUGUUUGGCUCUCUUUUCCUGUUUUUGUAUCGUCUAGUCAAUUAUAUUUGAUCUUUGUUGUCUCAGCCUUAGGUGAUCAUGGCGACAGUUGUUUAUUUUGUACUGGGCGAACGUGUCGGCUGAGACUGUGGUAAGAUGAUUGAAGGCAUAGAGCAAUCAGGGAAAGCUGUAAAAAAUAGUCAAUAAUUAAUCCCUGUUCAAGUUCAGUCAGAAAGUUUUCAUUGCCAUUUACAGUAUCUGCUUCUGAAAAAAGAGAUCGGAAAUUGUUACCCAGAGUUCUCAUGAAGUCCAAGUACAAUAACUGAAAACGCAGCCAGAGUGGCCAUUAAAGUUAUAUGCAGGAUAAAUGCUCUGUUAUGUCAGAUCUGAGAGUACAUCCUCAGGCUGGAUUACUGGUUAGUCACAUGUCAGACAUGCUCCAUUACUCAGUUAUCAGUCCUGAGUUCACACAAUAGAAUGAGGACUGUAUAGUGCAGCAGUGUUAAUGUUUAGCCAGUUUGUGCUUCAUGUGGUUGAAAUGGACUGGAUGCAGAUUUAUGAAUGCCUUUUUUCUAGAGGGAGUCCACAGUGUGUUUUCCAACUUGGGAGAGUGGAAGUACUAUGGUAGUAAUGCAGAAAGCUUUCCCAGUCAACACCUACCAGUUUAAAACAUCCCACUUGGGUUCGUAUAGUACGUGCAUGUAUCCUGAUAUUUAUUUUUUUAUUACUGUUCUUGUAUAAAUGAUGUGCUGUGCGUGCUUAAAAUUUACAGACCGUGUUGUAUUUGGGUUUUAUCUAGGUACUGUACAAACACGACCAUCUCUUCUUAAUUACAACAGUACAGCCAUCUGACUCAGAUCAACCUUAAGUAACAGGUAUAAUGUCAAAUAAUAUGCAUCGUAAGGGAUUAGUUUGUCUUCAUGAAUCAUUAUAUUCAGAGUUAAAAUGAAAUUCUGGGAUGGCACAUAGAACAAUUUAUAAUGUUGCUUUUGUUAAAGCUCAGUGAUAUAAUAAAAAUAUAAAUGCAGAACAUAGCAAGUAUUUUCUGAAUUAUUCUGCUGCAGCUGGGGUAUUGAUUACACUCAAUUUUUGUUGACUUCUUCAGCAUUUUCAGAAUGUUGGGUCCGAGAAACAAAUUUAGAGUUCACUAAAAGAAACUUUUAAUUUAGAUGAUACACUGUAUAACAAGAAUCAUCACAUUACAAAAAACAGCGAGUAGUUGGUAUACAUCAGCCUCCUUAAAUUUUAUAAUGAAUUUAAAACCUAUUGUCUGUUAAUCUUUGUGCACUUGUUGGGUUUUUUUGGGACUUGCAGUAAAAUGUUUGUCUAUGAAAAGCAUUCUAUUUGCCUGAUCUUCAGAAUGGAUGUAUUAGUCAUGAGGUUCUAAGCAAGCUGUUAAAGAACCUAUAAUUGCCUGUAAUGCAAAACACCAUAUCUUUGCCACAGGAGGACGUUGUGCUUGUACAGCCAGGGCUAUGAACCACCACUGACCAUUUUCUGUACCUGUAAAUAUCAAUUAAAAAAAACUGUAUAUUGCACAACAAAUACAUUUUUGUACAUGC